GUCUAAAAAUUCAUCAUAAGGUUAUGAAGAAAAAAUUGAACCCAUGUAGCUAAAAUGUCUUCGUCUUUUCGACAAUGUUGAUAGGAAGUCCGUACAAAGCUUUAAUACUUAAGUGUUUCCUUCUGAAAUGACUGAACCUGGCCAUUUGAAGCACAAAAUUCCCGUAUCUCGAUUUAAUGUUACGAAAACUUAACAAUCCUAAGCUUAAAAUCGUUGUGUUUACGUUAUGAAGUUCCAAGAACUCGGCUUUAUGAAGCUUUAAAAUUUCCAUUAUUUAUUUUAAAAUGAAAAAAAAUACAUGGCUUUUCGAGGUUUAAAGGGGAACUAAUAAUUGAUAGUUAUGCUUAAAUUGUUCAUUAUAGUGUGAAUAUGAACUGUGCUAAUUUUUUAAUAUUUGUGAGCUUUGGUUCUUGAGUACAUAAGGGCACUUGAAAUUUUAUAGUGGCCUCAUGUGAAUAAAUAAAAUUUUAACAGUAUUUUAGAUGUUGUAAGAAAACUUUUUAAUUAUUAUUAUGAUCUGAUGAUGCUUCAGCAUAGACUAAAUAGAAAAUUUAUCAAAUAAAAUAAUUUGUUUUCUCACGUUAAAUGCAAACAAGUGUGAAUCCAAACAAACAAGUAAUUUUAAUACAGAAAGAAAAGAUUGCAAUAAUAGAAACUUUUUUUUGAUAAUUUUUAACCAAUCAGGAUAGAUAACACUAGGUUGAGGAUGUGUUAAUGUUGGUACACUGAGAGGUAGAGCAGGUGAGGUAGUUGAGAUGUUAGAGCAUAAUCUGUUGAUAUGUGUUGUGUUCAGGAAGUCAGGUGGAGAGGAGCUUCAGUGAGAUUUGACGAAGGUGGAAGGGCAAGGUAUAAUUUUUUUGGAUUGGUAAUAGUGAUAGAUAUCAAGGGGUUGGCAUAUUCGUCACAGAGACGUGGGUAGAAAAAGUAAUGGAUGUUAUGCGUGUUAGUAGUUGUAUUAUAGUGAUAGAGUUUUUGAUAGGUAAUAGAAUUGUCACUUUUAUGUCAGUUUAUGCUCCACAGUGUGGACUCAGUGAGGAAGAUAAAGUAAGUUUUAUGAUAAGUUAAUAGCAGUCAAAUUAAGGUUCAGAGACAGUGAACUUGUCACGGUGGAGACGACUUUAAUGGUCAUGUUGGAAAGUCAUCUGAAGGUUUUAGGGUUGUGCAUGGAGGCUACAGAUUUGGAAGCAGAAAUAAGGAAGGGAAGGGAUUGAUUGAGUUUGGAAUGACAAUGGACAUUGUGGUUUGCAACACAUUAUUCAGUAAGAGACAGAGUAGGCUGAAGUCAGGUGGUUGUCAGAAAAAGAUGGACUACUUUCUUGUUAGAGAGUCAGACAGUGGUGAAGGAUCUGAAAGUUAUCAGGGGAAAGUGUGUUUCCCAGCAUAGGUUGAUGAUUUGAGAUAUUAUCUUGAAGAGUGUUAAAGAAGCCAAGAGAAAGUACAGGCCCCGUCGUAGAAUCUGAAAGCUGAAGGAAGAGAUUGUAGCAAGACAAUUCAAUGUAAAAGCUUGGCAAUGGCCAAUGGUCAAAUGUGAUAAUGAAAAUGUGGAAAGUACUUGGACUACUUUGAAAAAUUGCCUUCCAGAAGCUUCUGAUAAUACCUGUGGGUGGACCAAAGGACCAGCUAGUCAAAGACCUGGUGGUGGAAUUAUGAUGUUCACCAGUGUAUAAAGGAAAAGAGGAUACUUCGGAAAGGUGGAAGUCAGGUCAUAGUAAGAAUAUUUACUUAGAAGCUAACCAUCAUGCUUGUACAGCAGAGUUAAGGCAAAAUCAGAAGCAAAGAAAAACAGAUUUUGCAGAUGUGUUAGGAAGGGAUGACCAGCCCAAUAAAGUGUUCAAGAUAGCAAAGCAAAUGAAGAAGACUAAUCAAGAUGUUGUAAGUGAGAAGUGUAUAUGUAACCAUGAAAGUGUCUUGGCUAGCACAUAGAAGGAGAAAAAGCUAGCUUGGAAGAGUCAUUAUCAGAGGUUGCUUAACACUGAGUUUGAUUGAGAUGAGGAUAAUUUGCCUGAUGACGUUGUAGAAGGACCAGCUAUACAGAUCAAGACAGAAUGAGUAGUGGAGGCUAUUAGGAAAAUGAAGAUUGGCAAGGCUGCAGGAGUAUCAAGUGUUGUUGCAGAGUUGGUAAAGUAUCUGAAUAUACUGUAGUUGAACUAAUUCAAAAUCUUCCGAAACAGAUUUUAAGGGAUGUGUUAUACAGAUUGACUGGCAUUCGAGUGUAAUAGUGAAUUGUUGUAGGGGCAACAUUAAAAAGGAAUAACUAUAGAGGGUUGAAGUUGGUUGACCAAGUAAUGAAAGUUAUUGAAAGAGUGAUUGAUAAGUUACCUAAUUCCAUGAAAUUAAUGAGUCAAGAAAUUACCGAAAAUUAAAUUAAUGGUCAUGAAAUUAACGCAGUUUAAUGAAAUUACUUGGAAAAAGACAUUAAAUUAACGCUGUUGAGCAAGGUUGUUUUCAAAAAUGCAUUUAGUUAACGCGAAUUUUAGAAUAUGCAAUAUCCCACGAAGCAAAAAUUACGGCAACAAUCGAAUCCACGGUUGUAAAGCGGUCUUCUCUAUUCGAAAGCGGUUUUUUAACAGUGUUCUCUUUUUCAGCCAUCAACAGAUGGCUGAAAAAGAGAACACUGUUUCCCAUGGCGGAGUCGAUGGAAGAGUUAGUUGAAAAGUUUGAGAAGUGGAAGGAAAUACUAGAAGAAAAGGGUAAGAGUGAAUGCAGCAAAGUCUAAGUCAUGAUUAGUAGCAUUAAGCCAACUAUGACCUUGUAGUGGGAAAGUGGCCUUGUGGAGUUGCAGAAAAGGGGUUGGUAGUGACUCAAUUUUUUGUUAGACUUGUAAGCAUUGGGUACAUAAGAAGUGCAGUGGUAUUGAAGAAAAGUUAAGAUUAUAAACAAUGAAAUAUUUCCAUCUUUAAUGAUGUACAACAGUGGCUCGUUAGAGAUAGUUGAGAACUUCUGUUACUCAGGUGAUAUGUUGGGUAGUGAAGGUGGUGUGGAAAGAAGUGUUACUUGCAUGAUAGGUUCUGCUUGGAAAAAGUCCAUAGAGUUAUUUCUUUUGUUGACUAGCAGGGUCUUGUCAAUUGAGGUAAUAGGUAGGUUGUAUGAGACCUGUGUAAGAAGUGUUAUGCUGUACAGUAGUGAGAAGCAUGAAGAUCUUAAUGGUUUGUAAAGGAAUGCUAUGAGAAUGGUUAUGUACAAGGCCACUCUGAGAGACAGAAAGAGUUCAGAUGAGCUAAGAAGCAGGCUAUAGGUAUCCGUAGUAUUAAAGAUGUUAUCCAGAUAAGGAGAUUGAGUUGGUUGGGACACUUGCAAUGAAUAAAGGAAGAUAAUUGGCUAAGAAAGUGGAGAGACUUGAUAGUUCCUGGACCAAAGCCCAGGGAACUUAUCACCUCCAAGAAAGAUUUGGCAAGAGAAAAUAAGGACAGACUUGAUGGAGAAAAAUUUGAUCUUACACAGUCUAGAUCAGAUGGAAGGGGGGUCAUUUAUAUACCCCAUCCAACCCAUGCUAGCAUGGAAAAAGGAUGUUAAGACAAAAUGAUAAUGAUGAUGAUGAUGAAUCAGGUCACUCUUUACUCCCCAAUACCGUCACAUAUGUACUUUGCAAUUUGAAUUAAGUUAUUGACGUUGUAACGGUUAAUUUGACGAUUAACAUUUGAGACAUAAGUUUUUUGACAACAUGACAGAAAAACAAACACAUUCACUUUGCCUGUUGCAGACAGAAACAUUCUUUGUAUUAUUAUAAUAGGUAGCUGUCCCACAGGGCAGUAGUAGUCACUAAGCAUUGCACAACAGCUUUUUAAGUUUACCAGGUUAUUUUGAUUUACAGGCCUUAUAUUUUGGUUGUAAACCUUUUUUGUGUGUUUUAUAUAUAUUACAUAUACAGUAUUUUACCAAUCCUUAAGUACAAAUUUCUAUUAUUUAAUCCUAUUUAAUCACUUGAAAUCCAAUGUAAGGGACAGUUGACGACCGACAUGUCUUUGGAGGGACAGAUAGUUUCUGCAAUGGGCAUAGGGUGAAUGGGGUGGAGUGAAAUUCGUGUUAUGCAACGUAAAUCAUCAUUUGCUAUGAAAACCUCUACCUUGCAGACAUGUACAUAGCUGACACUUUUUUCAGAACAGUAGAUUUCCACUAUAUGCAGGUUUGACUGUACGUGUAUGCUAAGUGAUGAAAGUAGGCACAGUUCAGGGGUUAAUAAAGCAGGCCUAUCAAUAAGAAAGUAUCUCCUGAGAAAUAAAUUGCUCCCCCAAGGUUACAUUAAUUUAACCUUUUCAAGCAGUAUGAAUAAAUAGAAUAAGUUUAUAAACUCAUAUUUUAUCAGUCUUUUUUAUCUAUUUUAUUUUAUCUUUUUUAUAUAUUUUGGUUCUUUUUUACUGUAAUUUAUAAGAAAAAACAUUGAUUUCCAUGUGUUUUUUUGGAAUUGGGGAAGCAAUUAAUGGCUCAGCUAGUUUCUUAUUUCUCAGUAUUGGGCGAGCUUUUGCAUGAGCAACAGCAAUUGUUCUACCCUAAUUUAUAGGCCUGAUAUAUGUUGUAAAUUUGGACAGCAGAAAAUAAAAUUGCUUGCAGAAAUCUUUCUUUAACAUAUAUAUAACCAAGCUUUAAUUUAUUUGUUGUGUUAUCAGCUAGCUAUGUUUCCCUUCUAAUUUUACGACAAAAAAACUUGAUAUGAUACCACAUGUUUCAACCAUCACAAAGAAUAAAAAGAAUGGAUUUAUACAAUACUAAAAAACCUGCUGGGGGUAAAAACAGUUUGGUUAAAUCUAAUAAAGAAGAUAUUGAUAAUCCAUUAAUAAGAGAUUGUUUUGAAUUGCAACAACAACUGAUUGAAACAGAAAAAUCGCUUCAAAAGCUUAACAUUGCUUCCCCAAAAUCACCAUCAGAUAGUUUAAGAAUCUAUUCAAAAAAGCAACAAACAAGUCCACAGUCAGAAAAAGCACCAAUAUUAACUCUUGCAGAUUUGACACCAGCACCAAGCGAAACAGGAAGCAUGAAUGAAAGUCUGACUUUGUUGCGUUCUGGUCACUUAUGCCACAUGUAUUCUUCACUUCAAGAUGACAGAGCUAAAGAAAAAAGAAGAAAACAGAAAUCAAAGUCUAUUGCAUCACUCUAUAACAAUGAUCUCAGUGAUUCAAACUUGCGAAAGAAGUUAUCUUUGUUACGCGAAGAAAAUUCAGCAUUAUUUCUUCAGAAUAAUAAAUUAUUGACACAGCUAGAAAACGCAAGUUUUGAACUUCAGCAAAGCAAAAAAGAAAUAAAACAGAUCAAUGCAUUGAUUAGCGAAAAUGAACAGCUUAAAAACAGCGAAAAUAUUGGGACAAUUAGUAAGCUGGAGGAACAAAUUUAUCACAAAAGUUAUGCUAUCAGUGAAUUAGAGACUGCUGUUGAUGAACUUCGUGACCAUGUAAAAGAGAUCAGAGAAGAAGAAGAGGAAAAAAGGAAAAGAUUUGAAGAAGAAUUGUCACAGAGCAUGCAAACAAUUAAUGAAUUAUCAGAAAGAUGUGCCUUUCUACAGCACUCGUGUGAAAUGCAGUCUCAAAAGAACUCCGACUUAGAGGAAUUGAAUGAAGAAUUAAAAAAGGAAUUAGGAAACGUAAUGAAACAUAAUACUGCAAUCAAAGAGGAUCACAACAAAACCAAAACAGAUUGCAUAAAGUUACAAGACCAAACAGCAGAACUUAAAGCUAAUCUUCUUGAACUCCAGGACAAAUCUUCAAAACUGGAGGCCUUAUCUGUGGAGAAUAUUGAUUUGAAAGCCAUUGUUGAAGAACAAGCAAAAAAGGUUUCAGAUUACGAAGGUGAAGUUGAGAAAACAAGAGAGCACAUGAUGCGAUUGGAAAUACUCAUACAGAAGAUACAAGAAAAUAAGCUAAAUCCAAGGCUUGAUGAUGGAAUUUUCACUGCUUCAAACAUUGAUUAUAAAAGUAAACAUGACAGUUUAGAUGAUGCAGCAUCAUCUUGUAUAAUAAUUGCUGACUUGAAAUCACAACUUGCUGUAAAGGAUGCAGAACUUCAGAAACUGCAGGCACUUAUGGCCUCAAGAACAUUAAGUAUGCACAAGUUAAAGAAUGACUAUGUUUCUGAAGGAAGCAAUAUUCAAAGCUUACGGUCAGAGCUAUGUUCUGUUAAAAAAUGUGCUGAACUAGAGCAAAAUAUCACAAGAUUAGAAACUGAACUGUCUGGAAAAACCUCACAAAUAGUUGAGCUAGAAGAGCAUGUGUUAAAAAAACAGAGCUUGAUUUUAACACUUGAAACUAAGCUGCUGCAGAAAAAUAAUCAAAUGACAAUGCUCAAACAAGAGGUAAAAAACAAGACUGAGGAGGAUGGUAAAACAAUUAAAGAGCUUAAUCAAUCUGUCUCACAGCUUAAUUCAGAGCUUGCUAGGAGAACUUCGUCAUUGCAUGAGAAAGAAGAGAAGUUAAAAGAGGUAUACUUGCUUAAUGAAGUAUAUAGCGGUAAACUCACCCAACUAGAACUUGCGCUACAAGCUCAUAAUGAGGAAACGAAAGCUACUGAUUUCCUCGUUGACAAAAUCAAAUCUUUGCAUGCUGAACAUUGUCGGGAACUUGAGCAUAAUAUUGGAAAACUGGAACAGCAUAUAGAAGAGAAAGCAGUGCAGAUUGUCAAACUUGAGAAUAAGUUGAAAGAUAUUUCAAAGGAUAACCAGAUGAAGGGUCUUUCUGUCGAUGACAUGAGAACCUAUGUUAAGAAAUUGGAAGAGCUGUUAGCAGAGAAAAAGAAAGUUAUAGAAAACCAUGAGAAAAAACUGCAAAUCCUUGAAAAUAAACUUAGAGUGGAGACAAGCCAUGUCGAAGAUCUUAAAAACAGUCUCAAAGAAUGCAGGGAUGAGCUGAGUAAAACAAUGAAACACCUCAAUCAAGGUCAUGAAAUCACUGAAACUAAAAUCUCCCAAGUCAAAGAUUUAGAACAAAGAAUGCAACAGUUACGAGGCGAUUUGGAAUUAAAAAACAAAUUUAUUGAGGAUUUAGAGCAGUCAUACAAUCAAAGUUUGGAAAUGCUUGAACAAAGCCAGAAGCGCAUAACUGAACUUGAAGAGACUCAAAACGAAUACGAAGAAGAACUCUCAAGCUUUAAGCAGAGUACAGCUCAAGAAAAAAGCGAGUCUGGAACAGAAGUUUUGAAAUUGACGCAAAGUUUGGCAGAAGCGAAUAAGCAAAUUAAAUUGUAUCAGCAGCAGAUAAGUGAAAUGAACAAUGGCCUGGGAGAGGCGAAGACGAAGUUUAUCGAAUUAGGGGAUAGUUUAAAAAUGAAGGACGAGAAGCUCUUAGAACAAUCUGAUAUUAUUCUCGAGAAAAUAAUCACCAUAGAUACGCUAAACAAACUGAAUUCUAAAGUGGAAAAAGAUUUGAAAGAACAUCGAGAAGAGAUUGAAGCAAUGAAAGCACAAGCAAUAGAAAGAGAACAAAAUUUGGCUGAUUGUUGGGAAAAUGAAAACAAGCUGAAAAGCCAAUUGCUCCUGGCGAAAGAUGAUGCAGAAACCUAUUUUAAAAAACUCACAAACGUGGAGAAGCAAGUCGAAUAUUUAAUCAAAGAAAGUAAUGGCAAAGAUGAGAAUAUAUCUAAAGUAGAAGGGAUGCUUGCUAUUAGUCAAGAUGAGGUGAAUAUAAAAGAGGUGGAGUUGAAAGAAAGGUCGAUACAAGUCGAUGAACUCGAAGCCCUAGUAAACGAACAGCAGUUACUAUUAAAACAGAAAUCAGCUCAGUUUACUCAAACGGAAAUGAGUUUUAAAAAUGACAAAAGUGAAUUGGAGAAACGGAUCAUACAACUCGAAAGUGAAGUGUCUGAGUUGAAGCAUUCUUUAUCACAAAGAAAUGUACAAUUUCAAGAGUUGAGCAGCCAGUAUAACGUUCUGAAAACAUCAUUGAACGAGAAAAAUAGUAUUUGCGAGGAAUAUGAGAGAAAAUUUAAAAUACAAAAAGAGGGAAAUCAGUCAACGUCUUUACAAGUUCAGUCGCUAAAACAGGAGCUUCAAAGCUUUCAAACUAAAGUCCGCCAUCAAAUCGAAAUGGAGGACGAAAUCUUAGGUCUACGUAAUCAACUAGAGAAAACGAUAAAAGACUUUCAAAGCGUUGAAACACAGUUAAUGACAUCGCAACAAACCGUCCUUGACCUAACAAAAGAGUUGGACGAACUUCAUUCCAUGUUGUCCUUAAAAGAAGCGGAUUGUACACGACUGGUAAGAGAACUGGGGGUAGGUCAAGUAAGAGAGGCGCAAGAGAAAGCACGGUUAAAUCAAGAAUUGAGGAAAGUCGUUCAAGAAAAGGAAUUCAGAUUCUCGCAAAAAUACGAAGAGGUGGAAAUGAUGCGUAGCAGACAAGAAGAUAUCGUCACAUUGCACCAACAGGAAAUUAUGAAGCUCAAACUCACUCUUCAGUGUGUUAACGAUAAAAAUCAGCUUUGCAAACACGAUCUGGAGCGCAGUAAUGUCCGCGUGAGAGAGCUAGAAGAAGAUGUAACUUGUCUAACAAAACAGCUGCAGUUGGAGCAACAGAAAUCCAAAGAGUUGGCAGACGCGGUCGUUAUUUGCGAGGCUAAGGCUGCACGCUAUUCUGCCCGCCUUUCGAGCUACGAACGAGCUUCACUGUCGAAUCGAAUUCACUCUGACUAUUCGAAGCUAAAACUAAGCGAUGGACACUCUUCGUGGAAAACUCCGGAAAGUAGCCCUAACGCUUCUUUGGCAACGACGUCAGUCGUCAGCUCACCUGUCUCUCUCACAGAGAGAUCAAAUCACUCAUCACUUGUUGGAACUCACAACGAACAAUCUUCCUCCUUUAAUCAGAUUAAUAACGAACUUAGACACUCCAGAAAUAUCGAAGAAAGUUUCGAUAACUUGAUACAGCGAGCUAACGAUGAAUUAGACAUCCUAAAUAUGUCGAAAAGGCGCGCUAAACCCUUCGAAAGCUCACCUGACGGGAAGAUGGAAUCUAGUUGGAGGUCUUUCAAUAGUCCGAGGUGAUGUCACGCUGUUGAACACAAAACAUUUUUGAAAGCUCAUAAGAAUACAGCUGUAAACAAAUACGCCAUCCUACACUAGAUAAAAAAAGAAACCUUCCGGUCUUAAAUCCAUGUAUUUCGUAUAUACGAAGUUCAGUUCUGUUAUGUACAUAAAAUAGUGGAUAUUUUUUAAAGUUACAGAAUUGUGGCGAAUGAUGUUGUGACUUUUACGCAGAAAUUUCGAGGAGAAAAAAAAAGUUUUUGUUAUUUUAUUGCAGAGUUGUUUAACUUCUUUUAUUUUUUUGCAAUUUUUAUAUAUGAAGGGGAAAUUAUUUCAGUAGCUGCAUAUGGUAUAUUUUAUUAUUUAUGGAAAAGAACUGUUUCUAUUGAAGAUGGCACUCCGUGUUAGUGAUUUAAUAACAAAAUAUUCUCUAUCCCAGAGAAAUCCUUCUUACGAAUGACAAGUAACCAAGCUAUUUAAAAAGUGCAACUUGCUGCCUGUGUUCGAAUAUUCUAGAAGCAUACACUCAAACAUAAUGCCAAAAAGUGUUCCUUUCUUAUUUGAAUCUCUGCGAAGAAGUGUAUUUAUAAACUAUUUGAAUUAAAAAAUAUUUUUACAUGUAAAUUGUUGUAAAUAAUAUAUAUUUCAUAAAUUUAAUAUUUA